UUCUGCAUCUCAGCAUGAAUUUGGUCACAUUAAGUAAACUUGGGAAUUAAUAUACUUGAGGAAAUGCAUCUCUUUUGCUCUAAGGAAAACAUUUACUUUAGGAAAUACAGAGUACCUUAAUGUGAUAAAAUCCUAAUACGAGCACGGUAGUUUGUAGUUAUUACAUGCUAUUUCAAUGAAGGCAAACAGAUAGGAGUAUAAGACUAUUUUAACCUUCUAAUACAUAUAAUAUGCUAUUGUCCUAGCUAAAAGAAACUUCUUUUCCUUUCUACCUCUGCCCUAAUUUUUCCUUAGUGAAGACAAAGUCCAACAUAGAAUGGUUUGGAUUCAGUAAUGUCACUUAUGCUAGGGAUUUGACUCUCAGUAAGAUAUCCCAGGAGAAGCUCGGAUACCCAAGAAAAUAAAAUGCUGAAGUGUCACUGCAAAUUCUUGAAGUAUGUUAGUUCUGUGUUAACCUAGAAAAUUUUAGUCCAGUUCAAAAUCAGUUCAAUUUCUUCCGCAGCUCUGCCUGUCCUCUUAUCAACUACCCGAAGGCAGACACCUUGCAGAUGGGAAACUUGGAGAUUUUCAGUCCCAGGGCAGUUUUGUUCUUACAGCUCUGGCUUUAUGAAUGACUGGAGGCCAUCAAUGAUACUGUUCCUUGGAAGCCUCCUCUUUCUUAAUCAGCAUACAAUAGUUGUUUUGUUAAAAACAGUAAGUAAACUUUCACAUCCUGGUCAAAUUCCAGUUCAGAUAACAGCACCCUGCUUACAGAGUUCCUACAAUUUCAGAUGUAUAAUAACUGCCUAAUAAUCUAUUCUGUGGUACUGCAUGGUAUAGUUAAACAGCUCUUGCAUUUCUGGGGAUGGUAGAAGUUACAGAAGUGUCAACCAUUAUUAUUUUUUUCCUGUUAAGCUUAGAUUAAUAACUGCAGUGAUAGAAAUGAAAUCUGAUUUUUAAAAAUAAUACAGAGAUACAAUUUUACUGCUAGCCUUGUUCUUAGGCCAUGUCUUAAAUACAUGGAUUUCUAAGAUAUCUGAUAUUAAAUUUGCCAUGGUAUAGGACCAGUGCAGUUUUAAAAAAUAAAGACAGUGAUAUGCAACAGAUAAAAACAUGACAGUUACAAUGGAAGUCAGCUUAUUACUUUUUAUCAUAUGCCAAGGAAGCAUAUUAAGCAUUGUUUAUUCUACCUUUCUGCACUUUAAACAGGUUAGGAUGUAUUUUUGAUAUCUAUUGAAUUUGACAUACCAGAUUGAUAAAAACAUCAUAGCAGAGAACAUCCAAUACAGGAAUCAGAUUCACCACAAAUCAAAUCUGAAGCAUGAGCUUAUUCAAAUUCAGAGGGUCCUUGUAGCAGUGAGGAUUUUAUCAGCUACACAGGCAAAACCUCAUUCUAUGCCUGCAGAGAAGAUACAAUUAAGUGUAAUUCUUUCGCUCUCGGAUUAUAGUGUUUAUUGUCAUAUCUCUGCAUCUUCUUUCCAAAAACCCAAGCAUCUUUGUAGUUCAUAUAUUCUGGAGAUGUUUAGCAUACCAGGUAUAAUAAGGAAAUUCUGUUUUUUGUUCUGGAAUAUAUCUGGAGUAUCUCAUUAAAGUACAAGUAGUUUAAAUGAAGAUUGGUAUUAUGCUGCUUUAGAAUGCCUUUAAACCAGAAUUUGAAAAUUUACAACUAUUAACAUUCAGCAAUAACCUUAUAAAUUCCUUUGAUAGUUUACUGAUGUGUAUGUGAACAGAAGUACUGAUUUCUUAAGUAACUUCUUUAGUAUUCAUUUAUGAUAAUGCCAGAAUUAAUGUGACCUGUUCAUCUAAAAAUGUGAUCCUAUUGAAACCAGCACAAUUUUUGCUAUUGUCUUCAGUGGGGCAAAAAGUGCCUCAUAAUCUAGAUUUCUGUUGCUUCUAAAUAAUGGGGGUUUUCCCUGUUUAAAAUAAUGCUGAAAUAGAACCAUGUAUAAAGGCAAUUAAGGCAUUAUUUUAAUAUAGGUAUAGUAAAACUGUACUAUUUGGAAUAAAAAAUGUUUAUGUGAAAUUACUAACAUUACUGCAGUGAUACCAAUCUGUUUCUACAGUUAACUAUGGAAUUGAUAGCUAUAUGGAACAGAAGAUCAAUAUAUUUCAAGUAUAGAAGCCAGAUAUGAAGUUCCUUUAUGGAGAUAAAACACCAAAAAUCACUAUGCAUUUGACUUAAAUCUAGAGAGGGGUGGAGGAGACAAGACACUCAUGUGAGUUAUUCUGCAAAUAUUUGUUUUUAUAAAACUUCUAUUCUCCCCUCUUUUUUUUUUUCCUUAGGGAAUUAAAUUUGUACUUCGAAAAUCAAAUUCUGGCAGAGGAAAGAGUUAUCUUUUAUAGGAACACAAACUCUAAGAUCAUGGACAAAGUAAUAUUAACUGGAGACACAGACAUUCCAAGAAGCCAAGUUAAACAUCUCAAAUCAGCAUUAGGUUAAUCAAUUAAAAAAAUAGAGGGGGAAAGCUAAAAUUUUUUAUUUUCUGCAAUGGUAAAUGAAACUUAAAGCUGGCAACAGAAUGUGAAAGACUCCAUAGAAGAGGGGUUACCGCAUGGAGGGACUGGAUUAGCUUUGAUGAAAAUGAUUUCUGCAGGAACUAGAUGAGGGCUCUUCAUCUUUCCUUUCUGAAGGAAGGAAAAACCUAUGAUAAUUUGGGGCUUUGAUGAUGUAUAUUAAUGUACAAAGUAAAGUUCUGAAUAAUUAUAAAAACUGUACCUUAAGUUCCUGGAAAGGUAACUUAUUUCAAAUUUGUUGCAGGCAGGCAUUAAUUUUUAAUGCCCACUAAUUUCUCAGGCCUUUUCCUACAAUAUUUAUUAUUGUAUAUUCAACAUGUUCCUGUAAGUAAAAAAAAGUCUUUAAAACUGGCAAAGUUAAACGUGUCUUUCUUACCAUACCAGAAUGUUCUUCAAACCAAAAGUCUAGCUGCAAAUGGUUCUUGAAAAUCAAAAUAUAAUAAUUUUUUUAACUAUAAAGACAUUUUGAGUAUAGAAGAAAGGAAAUGACAAUUUUCUGAGUAGACAUAGGCUGUAUAUAAUCAGAAACAUUAUAGGGCCAUUUCCUUUUUUUAUGGCCCAACUCUAGUAAUACUGCUAUUUUAUUGUGAUUUAUAACAUAAGCAAGAACAUAGUAUUUUUCUUUAAGAAGGUAGUGCUGUAGAAACUAAAAUGGAAAAUCUGUUCUUAAAGUAUUCAGUGAAGACCAGACUAAACACUUGAGCCAAACAGCACAGAUUACAUGCUGUAUGUUCAAACCACUCCAAGUAAAAAAAAAGCCAACUGGAGACAUAAGGAGAGAGAAAGGAAUUAAAAAAACCCAAACCUAAAACAACAACAAAAUAAAUAACAGGGGAUUAUUGUAUUGUUUGGAAAAGUUGUGUGAAAAUUAAAAAAAAAAAGGACAUGAAUACUUGAAAGAGUCUCUAUUACAGUAAUUAUCAUUUUCUAGAUAUCAAAAUCCCUCCUAUUUAAAGUCUUAACUGUGGUAGUGAGAAAUCUGCCAGUAUCCAAAUUAGUCUGGUAUUUUCACGGUGUCAAAUACUGUAAUAUGUACAACUGGCAAAGAACAACAUAGUUUCAUGCAUCAAGUGCCAGCAGCAACAUCCCAAGCGUUGCAGUUUACAGAAGGCUAUCACACUAGAGCAUACUGAAAACCUCUCUCUUCCUCUUUUUUUGGCAACCUUAAGAAUAUAAAGACACAGUCAUUACACUGGAAUUUACAUGACCUAUUUUUCCAAAUGUAUGAUUAACACAUUACCAGCAUCACACCCUUAAAGAAAAACGAUUUUGUUUCUGAUACUUAUCCAGAUACUGAACACAUGACGCAAGGAAACUGUUCCUGGUACGUCCAUGAAACCGUUACUUGACACCACAUGCACACACAAAUUCUGAUCAAGGCUUUUCUUGCAGAUUUUUGGAUGCUCACAAUAGCAGCAUGUUGAAUAAUUAUUUAUUUUCCUUUUGUGAGUCAUGGCAAGAGACAGCUUUUUUGAGGCUUACCAGCACAUCCUGUGGAUGUGAGGGCUUUAAUUAUUGUAUUAGAAAUGGAAAUGUUUGUCCUUGUUUAUUUAAAUAUUGCACACUAUAUUGCUACAAGAUAGGUACUGAAAUAGCAAAGUGAUGGGCAAACUAGCAAUGCCUAAAUCAAUUUAUUUCCUAAAACAUUAAAUGCUUAAUUUUCUAACACUACUUUUAUUGAGGAAUGUAUACAAUCCUAUAUAUAAAACAUACUUGCCGUUCUGCUGCUACCAAAUAGCCAGCACCUUGGGACCGUGAUCCCUACAAUUCUAGACAGAUUACUCUGUGCAGUGUUCCACAGUUUUCAUAAAACAACUGUAGUGAGCUACUCAUGCAUACUUAGUUCACCCUAGAACUAUCUAUUAUUUUUGCACGUGUUUAUUCAGUAUUGGCAUUAAUACUAAAGUUACAUUUCUGGUGCAAACAGGUGCAUCCUGGUGGCAGAAGGAGAACUCUCCAGGCCUCUAAGGAAGCAGCAAUGGGAGUAUGAGUGACUCAGACACAAAGCUGGCCAUCACUUCUUGGUCUUUCUUGUGAAGCACGUUAAGAUUAGAUGCUAAAUAAGCAGGGUUUUAGCAGUCUGUCCACACGUUUCCCUCUUUGAAGGAAAAUGAAUGACAAAUGAGGCUCAGGGUGCCCCUUCCUUUGAAUCUGAUGAAGCACAAUAUAAGGGAUCUUUGGACUGGGAGACAACUUUAGUCCCCUUGUGAAGGACCAGGUAUAAGAAGCUCUUAACUUCCACAGCAACCACUGAUGCCAGAUCCCGUCAGACACGCCUCAACUUCGUAAAAACUCUCUAUCUCCUCUGCCGCUUACUGCCAUUGCCCCUUCGGCAUCAGCCCGCUGACCCACGGCAUCAUUCCAGACUGCGGGAGCUUUCUCGACGUGAGGAAAUAAUCCAUAGCACAGGGCAGCGGUACGAGAAACUAAACGUGUGAAACCUGUCACUACACGGCUGAGUCACCGUGCUCAACCCCGGGGGUCUCCCGCUUUUCCUGACCUCACCUUUGCCGUACCCAGCAGCACGGCCCCCACAGACAGCUCCGUCCUCCCGCGCUGGUUUCUCACCCCGGCAGAGCAUUGGGACCCUUCCCAAAGCCGAGCACGCGAAGCCGGAUCGGCAGGCAGGUUUUCUUUGCCUAAUUUCCAACAUGAUGGAGCAAAUCUGUUCUUGACCAGUAUGGAUAUGUACACCUUUUCAAGAUGCUUAAGAACUGUGGUGAAGAACCAAGUGGAAUGGCAAGAGGAAGAAUCUACUUCUGAUGAUGUUUGAUUUCUAUGCUGGGAGGCAUGGUUUCCUGACAGAAGAGUGCAUUAUAUUUUGUAACAGCAGAUCUUUAUUAAAUGUGCCAUCAGUGGUGGUUUUGGAAAGAUGAGAAGACACCCAUCGCAGAACAAUUCAGUGAAGCUGAAAAUAGUGUCUAUGAUGCAUCUGUCCAGCUCCUUAGGGGGGUAGCAGUACUGGAACAGGCAUCACAUGAGGCUCGUAAUCUACCAUCAGAAAUAAACUCUGGCCAGCUAGAAAGAUGGUGAUGUUAAAGCACCCUGACCUGACAAGUCUACUUCUUCUUUCCUAGAGAUCCAGGGAGGGAAGGACUAAGUGAACAUGGAAGUGCUGCCAUUGAUUUAUCUGUGUGUGUUGAAUUGAUCAUCACUGGCAAAAUAGUCUUUACAAACAGAUGCAGAUUCAAUAUGUAGUUAAUUGGAAAAUAAGGCUACUCUUUAGCUUUCAGCCUUUAGAAAAGAAGAAAGGCAGACUUCUACAAAAUGCUUGCCUGUCUGCCGUUUCUGUUAUGUCUGUCCCAGUUAUGAGAGCUUUUUUUGUGACUUUUGAGCCUGGUGCUGUCAGCCUCAUGUGAACAAACCUAAACAAAAGCAGGCUGAUUUUUAGAAAACAAAAUGCCACGGAGAAGGAAAACUGGUGGGAGUCCUUCUCAGAAGAGUGGCAAUUCUGACAGAACUGCUCUUGCUGUAUCCCAAGGGGACCCAAGUCACUUAAUGUCUCAAGCAGUGCAUUAUGUCAAUAAGGAAGAGCUUUUCAACAGCAUGUCAGAGAUGUUUUCUAUCCUAGAUCCUAGCGUGGUUUAUAUGGUUCUGUCUGAAUGCGAUUUUAAAGUAGAAAAUGCUAUGGAUCAUCUUCUAGAGCUGUCCACCCAUGCCAAAGGAGUAGCAUCUUCAAAAACCUUGGGUUUUGAUUCAGCAGCAGCAUCAUUAGCUCUUGUUAAUCAGCAAAGAUCUGUUGCAAAUGAAAGAAUAGUGGAAAGUACUGCAGAACAAAGUAAACCUGGAGAAGCCAUAGAAAAGGUCCUAUCAUCUGAUGUGCAGCUGACUGAAGAACUGGAUUCCUUAAUAGAAAAUGCCUUUCAGAGUUACAGCUUGAGUGAUGAAUUACCUAAUUCUGCAAAUGACCAAAUAGUACAUAAGCACCCUGUGGAGCACGAUGGCUUAAUUGAAUUUUCCGAGUGGGAAAAAUCUGAUUCAGUUUGCAAUGUCCUAUUUUUUCCACAGCAAACAGAGACAAAUAAUGAGGUUUUAGAAAACUUCUGUUCUCAGCCACCAGUGAGUCAGCUGAGCAUCCAGACAAGCUCACCGGCUGCAUCAGGCACUUUUACACAGAUAAUGGAAGAUUCUGAUUUGUUGGAAGUACAUGCUCAACAUGAUGUAGCUUCAGAAGUGUACAAACAAUUAAAUGGAGAAAUAUCAUCUGAAAAUUCUGAUCAGACACAAGAUACUGUUUUGGAUCAAAGUAGUGUCACUCCUGUUUCUGGUGAGUCCUCCCAAAGCCCUCUGGAACUUGGAGUAACUGUCACUGGAGAUCCUAAUUCAAGGUGCCUGGAACAGCCCGAAGAGGUAGUGACUGCCUUUAACAGCUACCAGAGCACUUCUCUUCCAGAGGCAUAUGUCUCUCUUGAAACAUCCAGUUUGAAAACACAAAAACCUGCAGAUGUUCAGCAAACUCAGCAGGGUUAUACCUUAAAUUUUUCUACACCAUCAGGUCAAUCACAGCAACGCUGGAAUCUCAUGGCUCCUGUGUUUUAUCCAUCCAGUAGAAGUCACAGCUUUGUAGUUCCUGUGGCUGCCAGUCCAGGGCAGUGGAGACCUGGUUCAGACUGUAGGACUUCAGAAAAAGGACUUUUUGUUUCCUCCCCAGUGGUUUCAAAUGCCUGGGAUAGCAACCCUUCUCUGAAGGUAUGGGGAAAUCAAGAUAGAAACUCAAAAUUGAACCUCUCGCAAGUACAGCAACCACGUGUUUGUCACAUGAUGAGAAAAAAGAUGCAUCUUAUAGGUCAAGUACUUGUUCUUCUCAGAGGUGUUCCAGGAUCAGGAAAAUCAUAUUUGGCAAGGAAUAUCCUUGAGGAUAACCCAGGUGGAAUAAUUCUUAGUACUGAUGAUUACUUUAAUAAACAUGGACAAUACCAUUAUGAUCCCAGUUGCUUAGGGGAAGCGCAUGACUGGAACAGGAAACGAGCCAAAGAAGCAUUUGAAAUGGGAAUCACUCCUAUAAUAAUAGACAACACAAACAUACAAGCAUGGGAGAUGAAACCUUAUGUUACUUUGGCUCAGCAGUUCAAAUACGAAGUAAUGUUCCGAGAACCAGACACUUGGUGGAAGUUUAAACCAAAAGAACUUGAAAGGCGAAACAUUCAUGGUGUAUCUAAAGAAAAGAUCAAAAGAAUGUUGGAACGAUAUGAACGCUGCCUUACUGUUAGAUCAAUAUUGGAUUCUUCAGUUCCAGACAAAUCAGAAGCUGCUGGUUGGAGUGAAGAUCCUUCUCAGGAGGAAAGCCAUAGUUUGUGUUUCAGAAAGACAGAGGCACAUUCUGAUGCAAAGGAAGAACCACCUUUUGCUUUUGAUGUGGAGCCUCUUGAAUUAGCUGAAGUUGAUAAAACUUCUCCCCGUAAUUCUCUAAUAUUAGAAAGCAGCUGUGAUCCUGAACGUUUUCAGCAAGAGGAAAAAGAAAUGAAAAAUAACUCAGUGGAACACAAUUCUGAGAACAGUGCUGUUCAAGAUGACUUGGAUGUCUGUUUAUCAGAGUGCAUCGAAAAAGAGCUGCCCUUGGAGAAGAAAGAAGAAAAGGGAGAAAAAGUAGAAAAAAAUGCUGAAACAGAAAUAGAUGAUGUUGAUGUGAUCACAGCUGAAGAGACUGCGAGUUUGCAUACAGGAGGAGCUGAGGAACACAGUGAUAACAACGCUGUCAAUGUUCAAACUGCAGUUCAGCAGUCGGGUUCCAUAUGUAUGGAACCAAAAUCAACACAAACUAGUAACACAGUGGAACCAAGCAGUUCAGCUUUUGACACGUCAGGGAAACCUGAACUACUAAACUUCCUGGGUGACUGGCCUGUAGAACAAACAAUGGGACAGAGAGUCAAAAGAUCUAGGAGACUAGAAAAAUCUUCUCUGAAGAGUGAUAAGGAAAGUGAAACUCCGCGUCAGCAGCAUCCUGAGAUUGGUAAAGAGCAAGUGGGCCUGCCUGAGACAUACACUGUUGAGAGAGGACAUGAGAAAGAAAAUCUAGCCUCUAGCUACUCCUCUAUUAGUUCAGAUAAAGUUACACUGGAAUUGCAAAUGGUAGGACAUUGGCCUAUCUCAGUCUCAUUAGAACAGAGACAACAAAGGUCAAGGAGAAUGAAAGCGACAAAUCAGUCUGAUGAAGGUAGAAAUCCUGAAGGUGACAUUGACAUAAAUGCUCUUGAGACUGUAGAUGUGCUUUGUGGGACACCUGUGAGCACUGCAGAGCAACCAGAUAUAAAGAGUUUUCCUAUGCACCAAGAUGAAAUAGUAGCCAGUGAAACAGGAGGUGAGGAAAAAAGCCAGCAAAAUAAGAGAACAAAGAAACAUCACAGAUUAGCCCUCACUUUUACAAACAACAGUUUGCCCCAUCCCAAAGAAGAGGACCACUUGUCUAACCUUAACACUACAGAAGAGAAACAGGACACGUACUUAUGUAGACAAAAAAGUAGCCAUUCACAGACGGAAUCACAGGACUUUGCUCUCCUGUGGAGAUUAGAAAAGAAAAUGCUUUUUCCUGACACUACCAAAGUAUUGCAUGGCAGACUAGAUGGCUUCAAACCCAAACACAUUGAUAAUGCCUCAGAUUCUCAGGAAAAAAUACCAUAUCGAGUUACUUAUGAUAAAAGUACAUUUGUAGAAGAAAGUGAACUUACCAGUAUUGAUGACUCUGAAAAGCUGGAUACACUGUGUAAGCUCUUUGAGUCUGUUUCAUUUGAAGCUCUGAAAGAUCUCUAUGAAAGAUGUAACAAAGACAUAGACUGGGCCACGGGUUUGCUGUUAGACUCUGAAGAAAAGUUAUGCAAAGCUGUUGAUACUGAAUGCUUUCAGGUAAGAGAAGCUGAGCCAGUUGUUGCAGACCUUGAUUUCAAGGCAAGUACAAACUGUGAUGAGAAUCUCAAAGAUGGCGAACAAACAGCGAAAGGAAUUGGGGCUGGUGGCAUCCCUGAGGCUUCAGAAGGUAAGAACUCAUCACUCAGCAUUGCAGAAAGUAGGGCUGCCAAGGCAGCUGUGACAGAUGCUGAUGUACCUGACUCAUUCACUGCUACCUCACUGAAUGAUACAGAGGAACUGAAAAAUUCCAUGGAUGCAGCCCCUAGAACCGACACAAACAGCUCAGCAGCAGGUGUCACUGAGCUGUCCAUUUCAGGAAAGCAGUCUGUGGAGUCUGAGAGUCUUGUUGAAGAAACUGUAAAUAAGCCAUCACUUUUACAACUUGAUGCAGCCUUCUGUACACCCGUGACUUUGCCUCAUGGUCCUAACACAACUUCUACCAAUUUGAAAUGUGGAUUAAAUAAUGAAAGUGACAUUAAUCCUUCAGAAGGCAAUGCAGAGAAUUCCAAAGUGACUGCUUCUUUACUGGAAAUGGGUCAUGUGCUUCUGGUCAGUUCUAGGAGCGAUAAAGAAAUGGAGGUGGAUAAAGAAACCUGGGAAAGUUCUGAGGAGAUAUGUGGUAAAGAAGAAGUUGAAAGUCCAAGCUGGUCUGCAGCUAAAGCCGAGAGACAAAGCCCUGUACCAGCAUCACAUGCAGCUUUCAGUAUAGAUUGCCUAGAACUAACAUUACCUCCUGAACUGGCACUCCAGCUGAAAGAGAUAUUUGGGCCUGUUGGCAUUGAUGCAGGAUCACUGACUGUUGAGGAUUGUGUGGUUCACAUUGAUCUAAAUUUGGCAAAAGUGAUUCAUGAAAAAUGGAAAGAAUCUAUUCUGAAGCGUCAGAGGAGAGAUGAAUCAUGUAAGUUGUCUGCAGAAGGUCCUACUCUGAUUCAGCAAAUAGAUACAGAUGACUCAGAAAUGCUGCUAUCUCAGAAUGCAGACAGUAAAAUACAGAAGAAAAAAAUGAGCUGGGCUUCAGGCACAUCUAAUGACAUACAGAUGAAAAAACCAGCAACAUCAGACGUUUUUCCUUUUAUGGAUCACUGGAAUGCUCAGAUUCAGAAAGUUUCUCUCAGGCAAAUAAUUUCUGAAGAACUAGCUAUGCAGGAGAGACAGGACAUGAAUCGUGUUCCUUCUACAGCUAGAAAAGACUGUGCUGCUAAACUAAAGGAGAAGCAACUUUUUGAGAUGUUUCCAACUAUUAAUCAAAGUUUCUUAAUGGAUAUCUUCAGGGACAACAACUACUCUUUAGAACAAACUGAACAGUUUCUGAACUGUGUCCUGGAGGCAGAUCCUGUAAAAACAGUUAUAGCUCAAGAAAAUGUUCAGCAAAAUGAAAUUGUUACUUCCUACAGUGCAAAAAACCGGGAGAAGAAGGCAAAAAAAUGUAAGGAAGAGGAUGAUCCUUUGAGUGAAGUAUUUCAAGACUUUGAGUAUCCACAAUAUGAUGAUUUAAGAGCAGAAGCUUUUUGUCACCAGCAAAAGAGAAAAGAAUGUUUGAAAAAGGCUGGGGAGGCCUAUCGGAUGGGUAUGAAGCCUGUGGCAGCAUUUUAUGCACAUCAGAGUCGCCUUCACGAGCAGAAGAUGAAGGAAGCCAACCAUGCUGCUGCUGUGCAAAUCUUUGAGAGAGUAAAUUCUUCCUUGCUGCCUAUGAAUGUGUUGGAUUUGCAUGGUCUCCACGUGGAUGAAGCUGUGAAUCAGUUGUCCAGAGUGCUGCAGGAAAAAAGUGAAGAGCACCAGCAGACUGGUGGUAAACCAUAUCUCACUGUUAUCACGGGAAGAGGAAGCCAUAGUCAGGGAGGAGUUGCUCGCAUCAGACCAGCAGCUAUCAGAUACCUCACAACCCACAACUUCAGGUUCACAGAAAUAAAACCAGGCUGCCUGAAAGUCAUGCUCAUUUGAGGAGUUGUGGAGAAGAGGAAUAUAGAAACUGAGGUGUGUGAUUACAUCCAGAUUACAGAAAAAAGACCGAUGUUUUGAACAACUGUACUAGUAUUUUGUAAUCUGUUUUAAAGGAUGAUAUUUUAUUAGAAAUUAUUUCAAUUUACAGUAAGUGGUUUUGUCAUAAUGUUUCCAAUAAAAUUUUUGUGUGAAAUGGAUCCUUUUUUGAACCUGCAAAACAAGAAGAUACUUAAGGGAUUUGAAGUCUCAGAAAUGCAGAUCAAGAAUUUUGCUGAGAAAUACGUGAUGUCUUAAAGGGAAGUUAAGGUACGAUUUUUAAAUAUAACUGUCUUCUCAGCAUACCUAAUCUAUUUCUUUUGACCCUCACACAUUUUGAUUGCCGUGACUUCUGUGCUUUUAAAACAUGUACCUUGUGCAAAGUUAUUUUGUGAUUCAGAACUUUGUGCUAAACCCUUCAGAAGAACAAAAGGAGAGGGUGAAACUGGGCAACUACUGAUAUUUCAAAUACAGUUACAGCUGAGUGCUAAAUAUUUCCAGGUUUCUUCAAAAGUCUGCUUUAGUGGUUAUGUUGUGAUGGGUUGACCAGUUCUAUUGUCUUUAUUCCAUUCUAAACUUCUCUCAAGUCUGGAAGUUGCAUAUAAUGGCCUGUGCAUUAAGACCAGCUCCGUGUUUGGUAAUUUUGCAGACUUAGUGUGGUCUGUUAAAGGGAAACCCACAAUGCUGUAGUUCAGUCUCUUCUUACACAUGGCUAAUACUGUAAUUUUGUAGGAAAUGCCCUUACAUUUUUGCCCUUACCAUCUACUGGAUUAAAAGCGUUUCUUAUUUUAUGGCUUUUUAAGUGAACCACAUUGAGUACUCUUUCACUUAAUAAGUGUCUAAUAGUGAUGUCUUCAUUCUCUGUGUAUUAAGUUUGGUUUCCUUGUAGAAAAUAUGAUUGUGAAACAUUUUAAAUGUAUUUUUAACAUCAAAGUGAAUGCUAAUACUGCACUGGUAAUUGCCUGACUGGAAAAGUCUGGGAGUACAAAAGUUCUGGUUUUGGUGGUGUGGCAUAAGCAUCUAGAAAUACCUAUGUAAAAAAAAAAAAAAUCCAAAACGACAUAGAAAAACUGCAAACAAAACCUCUCCACAAUGAAAUAUAAACAUCUGUACUUUUGGCAAGUGUUUCCAGUAGACAAUCAGAACACUUUUUAAAAUAGAAAUAUCUUCUAGAAUGCAUUACUACUUUUAUUUACAUCUUUGCCUCUUGAAAUAUUCAUAUUCUUAAAAUAUGAAUUUUGUUUUAAGGCUUUUUCAGAACAGGUCUGAGUUUUGUAUUAGGAAUAAUAUUAAUAGGUUAAAGAUUAAUGGGAGUGUUUUUAAAGUUUUUAACCACUUUUGCAGGACCUACAUGCACAUAAGAGUUUGUGUAUGAAUCCAUAUGUGUGUGCAUGGGUACUAAUACGCAAGGAACUUCUGUGAGAAAAGCUGUCCACGGAAAUAGAUUUCACUUGAAAAUGUGUCUGUAUAAGUUGCUGACAAGCUGAAAGACAUGGUGUUUCCUGAAUACCCAUGUUUACUGUGAUACAUACACAGUGAAUGUAAUGCACAGUAGACUUAAAAAUGAGUUUGUCAUGCUUCAACAGAUAUAAUAAUGUUUUCAUGGUGAUUUCAAGUGGAAGAGUAGCUUGAAUAAUACUUAAUCAAAGGGACUCUUUCUAAAAUAAUAGACUGCCAUAAUAAGUUUUAUAUUUUUUGUGGGUACUUAGUUCAUCUGAGUUGUGUCCUUUCUCUGUUUCUUUCUCUCGGGCCUGCUCUGGUAACCAGUGGUGAAAUUCAAAAGACCUGUGUUCCCCCAACAGCACUAGCAGAGCGCUGCCACUGCACGAUGUCCUGUGUGGUGAAGCCCACACUUCAUCCCCUGUGACAGGGCCUAAAAAUGGACUGAGGUGCCAUUUAGGCAGUUGGCCUCAAGACAACAGUUCAGACUAUCAGCUGUCUUGUCCCAGCAGAGCUAGGAUUUUUAUUUUUCACCAAGAGCUGUCCCUUGUGCUCCUGAACAGGUUUUCCUUAGUGCUACUGUUUAUAACAAAUUAAGGUACAACUCUCUGGGACAGCUCUUUGAAGUACCAGCCCUGUUGAUUGGCCUGAGUGGCUGUUGCGUGUUGAGCUUCUGGAUGCCCAAGCCCUACAGUGAUGUGCUUGUAAACAGGAAAGUACCAACACUUCUGGUUUUUUUGGGAGGGAGCCUGAUUCAUUCAAGCAUAUUCAUACCAUUCCCGACGUGAACAAAGACAGCUUAGAUUUUAUUUUGAAAGAUGAACAGAAAGAGUUGUUGUCUUGUCCAUCUGUUCAUCAUAAUCUAGUUGACAACUUUACCCUGGAGAUAAACACUCAGCUUUUUGCCUUCUGGCUUCACAAGUGGAUGAUAAUGGUGGCACUUGACUCUCACUUCCCCAGAAAAUGCUCUGACCAAUGUGCUCGGGACUAUUUUUGAAGUCGCCACUUCCUGAGCCUCUUUCAGAAUCGCCACUGCAAGCUAAGAGUGCAAGAUCAAGGGGACAAAUGAGGUUGAAGAAUUAAAAGUGCAUAAACAGUCUCUGGAAGUGGGCCAGGACUCUUCAGAAAAGCAGCUGUCCCCGCUGAGCUUCAGUGUCUUUCCUAUUAUUUUUCCAUCUCUUAGUCCUAUUUGGAUAAAUAUGUUUAAAAUGUUCAGGGCAAAACCUCCAUUGCUCCACCCAUUGCUUGGAGAAUUUUUUUUUCAGUCUGUCAAAAGUCAGCAGAGAAAUUCACAGCUUAAGAGCAGUUUGGGGUAGUUUUCUCUCUUCCUCUUUUAAUUGUCCUUUUGGGUACAGGUUGAGGUUCGCUAGAGUACUCUACUUACUAAGCCCUGUCUGGUUAUAGGCUGAUCAUUCACCUAGUAUAAGUUGUUUGACUACCAGCUGAACUCUGAUGGAAGAUGAUGGUUUAAAAUUGUAACAUGGGUAGAACCAAUCUUGCCUCUAUUGAAAAUAGUGACAGAGCCUCUGUCAGCUUCAGCAAUUCAAGACGAGGCACUGCAGUUCCAACUCAGAGAAAAUAUGAUGAGCUCAAGCUUUUUCUUUUUUAGGAUCUCAAGCAUGUGCUUAAAAGCUGUGCUGAGCUUGAUGCAGAAUGGAGCAGGAGUUCAGUGCACAGUGAGUUAGUAGAGUUUUAUCAGUAAGGAUCUAAGUAAGUAGAGUUUUAUCAGUAAGGAUCUUCAUGCCUUCAGCUACUUGCCAGUAUUCCAGAAACACAACACUGGAGAUCUUGUAUUCUCUGACUGGUUUUAUAAUGUAUUCUGUGACGAAUUCUAUGAAAUAUAAUUGUUUCCAAAUGGUAUUUUAAAGUAGGUUACAUUUUAGAAGUUCCAGCCUUUCUGAUGUCUUUUACAGUUACAUCAGUGAGAAUCCUGAAGUAUCAUGUAAAUUCUGUAUCAUCUUACACUUUUAAUUAAAACAGCAGUAUUGCCACCAGCACUCUAAAAUAAUGUGCGACUGUUAAAAUACCUAUUUUGUGUACCACUUUUUAUUCUGUUCUUCGGCAGCAUGUGAUUGUGAUGACUUUAAUAUAUGACUUUUGGUGUCUUUUUUACAAAACAUUUUAAUAGUUAUCCCACAUUUUAAUUUAGGAAAAUUAUCCUGUUUUUAUUGUACAAAAUUAAUGCUUGUGCUAACAUUGAUGGGUGAUCUUACAGUAAAAAAAAAAAGACCCAGAGGUGCAAUGCAGAAAGUUUGUCUCAAGUAAUGUGACCGCUGAAAAACAUUUCAGUUGAUUGUAAAAGUAGUAGGGCAAAAAUGUAAUUUUAAAAAAUAUUUCAAGAUACUUUGGCUUUUGCUUUUAAUAUCAUGUGGUACCUCCCCCAAACCCAACCAAAGCCCAACUGUUCAUGCUAUUUCAGCUAAAUAAAUUGUGCAGAGGAUUAAAUGACUAUAUGUGAAUAUGCAUGUGAAAAGACCUAGUACUGCAGCUACCACUUGUAAAAGCUGUUAGGACCAGUAAGUAUAUUGGAAGAUAUAAAUUUCUAUUUUUAAAUUAAAAUAAAAAAUGAUUUUUUUAUUUGUAUAAAGUUGUAAUUUUGCUGUUAACUUUAACUUUCAUUUUUUACUGAAAUAAUUUUGUAAUCUGCAUUUGGAAUUUCUAAUGUGAAAAGGAAUUUACAAACUAGUUUAAUAAAGAUUUUUUGCCACAAUUAUA